UUUGCCUUUGAGGGCAUGCCUGUGUCACUGGCCUGGUUUGCUGUCUGUUGCAGACUCCAGCAAGAAGGCUGGGAUACCUUUCCCUCCCCGGAGCAGGUGGGCAGCAGUGCUCCCAUUGGCAGAGUCGCUGGGAUACACGCACACCUCCCUGCCAUUGGUUCUCAGGGUUGAUGACACGCAGAAGCAUGCUCUCUCGGACCUCCCCGGCGCCACCUGCCACGCAGAAUGUCGCUGAGUGAGACCGCGGUGUUCGCGUACGAGUCCUCGGUGCACAGCGCCCACGUGCUGCUCAGCCUGGACGAGCAGCGCCGCAAGGACGUGCUGUGCGACGUCACGGUCGUGGUGGAGGGCCGGCCCUUCCGCGCCCACCGCGCCGUGCUGGCCGCCUGCAGCGGCUACUUCCACUCCAGGCUCGCGGGCCAGGGCCAGGGCCAGUGCCAGGAGGACGCCGGGCUGCGCAUCACUCUGCCUGAAGAGGUGACAGUUAAAGGCUUUGAACCUUUGAUUCAGUUUGCCUACACUGCGAAACUGAUUUUAAGUAAGGACAAUGUGGAUGAAGUGUACAAGUGUGUGGAAUUUUUAGGUGUACCCGAUAUUGAGGAAUCCUGCUUUCAGUUUCUCAAAUAUAAAUUUUUGGACUCCACUGCAGACCAGCCAGGAUGCCCAAGAAAAAAAUGCUUCUCGUCAUCCUGUGAGAAAACAGAUUUUAAAUGUUCCCUUUUUGACCAGAGGGAUUUAGAAAUUGAUGAGGUGGAGGAAUUCUUGGGAAAUAAAAAUGUUCAGAAUCCUCACUGUAAACUCCGUAGGCAUCAAGGCAGUGCAAAAGUGUCACCUCCUCUACAAGACAGUGCCAGUCAAACAUGUGAAUCCAUGUGCUUAGAAAAGGAUGCUGCUCUGGCUUUGCCGUCUUUAUGCCCCAAAUACCGAAAAUUCCAAAAAGCUUUCGGAACUGACAGAGUCCGUGCUGUGGAGUCCAGUGUCAAAGACGUUCAGGCUUCUUCUGUUCAGCCAAAUGAGACAUCUGAAAGUGAUUGUCUGGGAGCAAUCCAGGACUGUGCAGAUCUGCAGGUGAUUUUAAAAUGUGAAGACAGAAAAUUAGCAAUGGAACAUGAAGAAACCAAGAAAAAAGAUCCUGCUUCUCAGUGCCCAUCAGACAAAACAGAAGCGACUCCUUUCCCCCCAGCUUCUGCAGACCCUCAUGGACUCUAUACUCUGUCUCUCUUACACACGUAUGACCAGUAUGGUGACUUGAAUUUUGCUGGGGUGCAAAACAAGACAGUGUUAACGGAAAAGCCUUUGUCAGGUUCAGAUGUUCGAGAGGAGAAAACUUUUGGUGAGAGUCAAGAUUUACAUCUGAAAUCUGACUCUGGCCCCAGGGAAGAUAGUAGUAGCCUUGCCUCGAGUGAUCUGAGCAGUGUCGAGCGAGAAGUGGCAGAACACCUAGCAAAAGGCUUCUGGAGUGACAUUUGCAGCACGGACUCUCCCUGCCAAGUGCAGUUAUCACCUGCCAUGGCCAAAGAUGGCUCAGAACAGAUAUACUCCCAGAAACGGUCUGAGUGUCCCUGGUUAGGUAUCAGGAUCAGUGAGAGCCCAGAACCUGGUCAAAGGACUUUUACAACCUUAAGUUCUGUCAGUUGCCCUUUUAUAAGUACACUUAGUGCUGAAGGCUGCUCAAGCAAUUUGGAAAUUGGAAAUGAUGAUUAUGUUUCAGAACCUCAGCAGGAACCAUGUCCCUAUGCUUGUGUGAUUAGCCUGGGAGAUGACUCUGAGACGGAUACCGAAGGAGACAGUGAACCCUGUUCAGCCAGAGAACAAGAAUGUGAGGUAAAACUGCCAUUUAAUGCGCAACGAAUAAUUUCACUCUCUCGAAAUGAUUUUCAAUCCUUGUUGAAAAUGCACAAGCUAACUCCAGAACAGCUGGAUUGCAUCCACGAUAUUCGGAGAAGAAGUAAGAACAGAAUUGCUGCGCAGCGCUGUCGCAAGAGAAAACUUGACUGCAUACAGAAUCUGGAAUCAGAAAUCGAGAAGCUGCAAAACGAAAAGGAGAGCUUGUUGAAGGAAAGGGAUCACAUUUUGUCAACUCUGGGCGAGACGAAGCAGAACCUGACCGGACUUUGCCAGCAAGUCUGCAAGGAAGCAGCUCUGAGUCCAGAGCAGAUACAGAUACUCGCCAAGUACUCGGCCUCCGACUGCCCACUUUCCUUUUUAAUUUCCGAGAAAGGAAAGAGCCCUCCUGACGGGGAGCUCGCGUUGCCGUCGAUUCUGAGUUUACCUGAAGGGCCUGUGGCCGCCGGGGAGCCAGGCCUUCGCCUCCCCAGCGCCAAGGCCAAGGCCGAUGAGGCCCCCCCGGAACAGGCUGCGCCCAGGGAGCCCUGUCGCCAGGGCGGUGGCAUCUCGGAUUUCUGUCAGCAGAUGACUGACAAAUGUACUACUGAUGAGUAACCCUACGUCCGCGUCCUUCACACCAGCUCAGUUUCUACUGAAAUUCUGACAUUGUCUUGAAAGCCUAGGACAGCCCUUGGCUCUUCGCAGUGUUGUUUCCUCCCCUCUCCCUUGCUGUUAAGGGCAUCCCUCUGCAGUCCACCCUUGACUUUUCCUCGGUUCCCGCAGGAGAUGCAGAAAUGACUUGCCUCCUGGAUGCCAAAAAAAAUCACACGUGAAAAUGUAGAAAAGUUUCGAAAACUCAUGUUUUUAAAGAAUAAUAGCUAUGAAUUAAUAACUCUAGCCAGUGUUCAGAAUAAAUGAAAACUGCAGCGUAUCCAACCACAGUUAAACAGUGUGAAAUGUCUGCAGAUAGUUUCUGUGAAGGGAGCAACCUGCAAAAGUUUAUAAUCCGACCCUCUCGCAGUGUACUGGUUCAAAAGAAAAUUUCUCCCCAAGUAAAGAGCUCAGGCCUGCUGAGAAGUCGGGUGUCGGCAGCUUGGGCUUGUUUGUGUAGAACUGCGGUGUGGGAAAGAUAAAGGAAACGUCUUGCCUGAAUCCUGGCGCUUUGCUCUUCAGCUCCUGCUAAAACCAGGGAUGGGCCGGCCCGUGUUGUGCUCCUUGGCCCCGGGAUAGUUAGGAAACAGGCAGGCGGGUGGCCUCCAGCAGGGACUUCUGUUCCUCCUCAACAUUGACUCUAAAAGAGUUCUGGCUGCGUCAGCAGUAGAUAAGUGUCAUUUCCCUCUUUUCUUUUUUUCUCUUCAGUCUCUUCCACAUCUGGGUCCAUCAUGAUCUUUCUGUUUCCUGGCAUUCUUGUCCCUUUGGAAGAAGAAAUAGGACUCAGGGUACGGUGGCUUGAGCGCACACAUUGGCAAUACCGUCUUAUCCCCUCCUAGAAUCCUGGAGAGCUCACCAAAAUACAGGACUGUUUGCCUGCCCAACAGAGGUCACCCACAUGAGAAAACCAGAUAUCACAGGAGAAAAAAAUUGUCUACGUUUAUCAGGAGUGGCAGUUCAUUUUUCAUCCGUUUUUGAAGCCCUAUGGUUUAUUUGUAAAAAUGCAUUAUUACUGUGCAGGUUUGUGAAAUAGGAUGAAGUUUGAUCUUGUUCCAUUGUGGGUUUAAAUUUGGAAGCCAGAUUUAAUCUUGCUCGCUUCCCCAGAUCUCGUGUAUAAGGGCACACAAAUCAUUUUGGACUUGGGCAUUUUAAAAUCAGUCUUUGUGUUUAUUCAGUCCUGCUUUAAAAUAGUUUUUUUUUUUUUUUUUAUAAUCUGAGCACCUACCCUGUAACAUUUUGCAUGGUUCUUAGCCAUUCCGCUGUUACCGACUUGUUUGGGAGUCAAAUGAAAGCUAUGGACCUCUGAAAAAUGCAGAAAAAUUGCAUAUUCACAGAAACAUUUGCAGAACCUAGUUUGAAAGGAUACAAGGGAGUAAUUUAUAGUGUUUGGGUAGAAAGUACUUCAUUUCACCAAGAUCAGACAACCUGAGAGAGAGAGACUUUUCUAGAUGGCGUCCUGAGUCUAGUGAAGGCUUGUGUAGUUAAUGGGGAGCCAGCCGUCUGCCCUGCAGGAAUGGGUCUAAGCAAGUCGGCCUUUCCUGGCAGAGUGUAUGGGGACCAGACUCCAUAUUUCAGAGUAAUUUGUCAAAUGUUACCCUUCUUCCUGGGCAGGUGGUGGUAGGGAAGGUUGCUACUAUAUUUUCAGUGGUCUGUAUGUUAUCUGUUAUCGACUUAGUUGUUGUAAGAGAAAAGUAGUUGGGCUUGUUUAUUUUCUAGAAGCUUUUGUAAGUACACUCAAGAAUUUGUCAGGGAGAAUGAUAAUCCUAUGAUAAUGUAUCCCAUACUACAGAAGAUUUAUGUGUGUGUGUGUGUGUGUGGUAACCCCAUGUAGCUAUUUCUCUGAUACUUGUAAUUUUAAAUUUUAACUUCAAAGUAUAAAAUAAUAUAAAACCUUUUCUGGUUUACAAAUUGUAAAAUCUUAUACAAGCCAAUGGACUCCUUGAUUUCCUACCUCAGUGUACACUUGGCUGUUUGUCAUAUCCGUUCAUGUAUGUGCAAAUGUCAAGUAAUCUUUUGCUUUAAUUGCUACUGUAAAUAACUGCUUUGAAAGAUUACUUCCUAUUUUAUGAUAAAACCUAGCUGUCUCCAGAAUUUAAAUAUGACUUCUAGAGCACUUGGUUUAAAUUUCUCUCUACAUAUAAACAGUUUAGCAUUAAGGGUUUAUUUUAAUGGUAUUCUGAUUAUUGGCCAAGUGAAAUAUUUCAUAAAAUAUUGCAUUACUUUUCAUAGCCAGCAUGUAAUACAAGGAACUACACUACCUCAUACCUACCUGAUUUUCAAGUUGUAAUCCAGAGGGACAGAGAGAGAAAAAAAAUUUUUUUAUCUUUGUCUUUUGGCCAUAAAGUGGGGAAAGUUUUUUAUAUAUCACAUAGCAUUAUACACUUAUGCCUAUUUUACCAUUAACUUCUAAAGAAGUUUUUUUUUAUAAGGAAAUCUAAGUUGAUUUUUUUUGAGGCUGCCGAGACAAAUGACAGGAUUAUGUGUGUACAGUGUAUGUCUUUUCCUUCAUGCAGAAUUUUGGCAAAAGGUGGUUUUCAGUUUGUAGAUUGCAUAUUUACAUGAUCUUUGUUCUUUAUUUUAUGAGUUAGUCUUCUCACUGCUUGAAAUUUCUAAAAAGCUGUUAGGUCUAGCUCAGUAAAAUAACCUUACCUUAAGACUUUAUUUUUUCGUUAUUUGAAUCCUGCAGCGAUGGCAAAUAAUUUGCUGUUAAAUUGUUACAUUCAAAACAAGUAUGAUAUAAAUCUUAGUUCUCCAUCUGUACCUUUUAUCACGUAAUUUACUAUAGCUUAAUGUUUAACUAAUUUAAAAUGAGGAAUCAGACAUAUUUGAUGCAGUAGACGAUACAGGUUGCAUGUGGACACUCAGCCGCAUUAACAACUUGGGAAAAUAAUUUUAAAAUGGGCAAUGUUAUAAUGAAUUCUCAGGUGAACUUUUUUCAGUUAUGAAACAUCUAUUUUGAAUUUGUAAAUAUUUUAAGUGUUUUAUUAAGGCAUGUAAUAAACUAUUCUUUGAAACCUGUUGGGCAGAAUGAAAAUGUAAAGCCAUGACGGUAAAAGAUGGCAUACUGAUUGUAAAAUAAACAGAAAUAAUAACAGCUAUUGAUUUUUUUGUAUCUUUCAUAGUAUAAUUUUCUAACAAUGCAAUAAAACCACUAAAUUUGUAUAUCCAUAUCCGAUUAAGAUCAUGUUUCAUUAAAAGUGAACUUUCAUAGUAUUUAAUUUACACUUUCUUCCUAAUGUGCUUCUCCAAAUGUAGCAAAACUAGAAAUGUUAGAUGCUCAAUAAAACUCUCUGAAAUUGCUUCUGA